CGAACCUGCAGCGUAAUGAACCUGUAACCCACUUGCGCUAACGUCUAAGACGUACUUGUUAUAUUAAUUUGUGAUAGAGCAAGAUGGAAUUUGAGAAUGCAGAUGCGAUGUUGGAGUAUUGCAAAACUACUGGUCGAACUUACGUCGCAUUUAAUUUGGUGCAAACAACUCGGGAAAUUGGCUCUGUCGUGCUUGAACUUUACACCGAUAUAGCACCAGCAACAUGUGCAAAUUUCCUAAGACUGAUAAAAGCCGGUGGUCAACACACCUACGAGAACUCCCCCAUUCACCGGGUCGUCAAGACUGGAUGGAUCCAGGGAGGGGACGUAGUGGACGGCAGCGGCAAGGGCGACCCGGGCUUCACGCUGCCCGACGAGACGUUUGCCGUCAAGCACGACGACAAGGGCAUUCUGGGCAUGGCCAACAAAGGCCAACCCCACACCGCCGCCUCGCAGUUCUACAUCACCCUCUCGCCGCUGCCUUUCCUGGACGGCAAGCGGGUGGCGUUCGGCAAGGUGCUUACAUUGGAAGGUUUGGAAUGUAUAGCCAAACUGGAGAACCUGCAAACCUACAUUAACGAGCGACCCGUGCCGGACGUGCUCAUCACCAACUGCCGAGUGCUGUACGAGCCGUGAUGAGGACAUUUGACUGGACCUGGUGGCGCUGCGUUGGCAAUUAAGCUAUUGGAUGGACGUGUUGGGCUAUUGAAUCAGGCAGCAGCUCGCAUGGAUGACAAGCUUUGUGGGGUGGGAUAGAUUGGUGAGGGUCCGUUGAUGGCAAGUGGGGGAGGCUGCGUUGUGCGCAUGUGGGGAAACUCGGAUUGGGCGGGGAGGAGACGCUCUCUUUGUGUAGUGGCUGUGAUGGGCUGUAGGAGAGAAGGAACGCCGAUGGGACUUAGGGGCUGAUCGGUGGAUAGGGGGCAGUAGAACGCCUGCGGCCCGAGCAGAGCAUCGGUCGUACAUGAAAACGACGGCCAGCCUGCACAUGAAAAUAUGGCAAAUCAAUGUCAAUUCUUUUUAAG